AUGCGGCUCCUCUGGGCGCUCUGGGCGCUGUCCCUGGCCGGCCCCAGCACGGGCCUGACCGGGGAGCAGGUCCUGCACAGCCUGCUGGAGCAGCUGCAGCUGAGCCAGGCCCCGGUCCUGCCCGGGGCGGGCGCCCAGGGCGCGGCCAUCCCCGCCCCCAUGAGGGCCCAGUAUGUGGCUUUGCUCCACCGCAGCCAUGGGGGGCGCUCCCGGGAGAAGAGGCUCAGCCAGAGUUUCCGAGAGGCGGAGGCACAGGAGGUCAAGAUCAGCCUGAGCAACACAAGCGCGCCCCGCCGUCCGCCCGACCCCAGCGGCGCCGUCUUCCUAGGCAUCUUGUCUGCCCACAAAAUAAUGGCCAGCUCCCCGGAAAUGGACCUGCCCACCGUGUCUGCGCUCAGGAAGAUGGGCGUGAACCUGACUCGGAGCAACAAGGAGACCGUGAGGCACAGCGACGUGCUGUUCCUGGCGGUGAAGCCUCACAUCAUCCCCUUCAUACUGGAUGAGAUCGGGGCGGAUGUGCAGCCCCGGCACAUCGUGGUCUCCUGUGCAGCCGGUGUCACCAUCAGCUCUGUGGAGAAGAAGCUCAUGGCCUUCCAGCCAGUGCCCAAAGUGAUCCGCUGUAUGACCAACACACCCGUGGUGGUGCGCGAAGGCGCCACUGUGUAUGCCACUGGCACACACGCCCUGGUGGAGGACGGGCAGCUCCUGGAGCAGCUCAUGAGCAGCGUGGGCUUCUGCACGGAGGUGGAGGAAGACCUGAUCGACGCCAUCACUGGGCUCAGCGGCAGCGGGCCUGCCUACGCGUUCAUGGCCCUGGACGCGCUGGCUGAUGGUGGGGUGAAGAUGGGUGUGCCGAGGCGCCUGGCCAUCCGAUUAGGGGCCCAGGCCUUGCUGGGUGCUGCUAAGAUGCUGCUGGACUCAGAGGACCACCCGGGCCAGCUCAAGGACAACGUCUGCUCCCCCGGGGGCGCCACCAUCCACGCCCUGCACUUUCUGGAGAGUGGGGGCUUCCGCUCUCUGCUCAUCAAUGCAGUUGAGGCCUCUUGCAUCCGGACAAGGUGAGUAUCUCAUGGCCCAGGCCCAAGCCUCCACCCCCAGCUG